AUGAACAGCCAAUUUUAAUAAGGCCGAUCCUAAAGCAUCAAGUUCAUAUAAACUCAAACAGUAUAUGAGUAACCCUUCUUUACUCCUAAUAUUGAUAUUCUCUCCGUCUCUGAAAAUCUUUAUUUAGAAAAGAUUUCAAAAUAGGCAACAUCUCGAGACUAAUCUCCUCGAAAAUGGCAAGAAUCUCAUAAAAAACCAUUGGCAUAGUAACCCAAAUUUGUAACACCUUAAGAAGCUCCAAAAGAAGUAAAGAUUAUACAAGUUAAUAAUGACGAAAAAAAAAUCUAAACUAAAGAAGUAAUCUCAAAACCUACAACAGAACAUAAGUAACUUAUAGGAAGAGCUAAAGUCUUACUUUUAUAAUAAAGAACAUUAAAUAUGAAAAAAUACUUCAAAAUAGCUUCACUUGCCAUAAUUGCUGCUAUAAGGAUCAAGAAAUCUUUAAACUAUUCACUUUGGAAGAAGUAUUAGACCUAAUUGAAGAAUAUCACUUUUUUUCUCAAAUUAGAAUUAGUACAGACUGAAAGAAUUAAUGCUUGGUGCAAGGCAGUCUGUGCUAAAUCACUUACAUCAGUAAAUUAAUAACUGCACAAUUUUAUUGAGUAUCCGAAUGAUAAAGAAUAAGUGGAUCAGUCAAUGAUGAAAUCCAUAAACUCCUGCCAAUUCUUAUUAGAAAAUUUGGCUUAUUUCUCAUAACCGAAGUAUUUUUGUGAAGAGUUGAAAUACUACUUAUUAAGUUAAGUAUUUUUAGAUCACAAAGCUUACUUUUCAAAAUUUGUGUCAAAUAGAACAUUAUAUUUGCAUACCCGAAACAGGUAAAUUAAACAAGAGGAGUUGACUAUGAUCUUAGUUGAAUCUAUCUUGAUUGACUAAGUUUUAGUAAAUAUUUUCGACUCCAAUUAAAAGUGCGUAUUUUUACACAAAGUUUUAGCUAGUCUUCUCUAAUAUUUGUUUAUAAAAAAGUUUGAUAAACUCAAAUAAAAAAGAAAUAAUAUCUAAAAAUUAAGUGCUCAUUAAGUUAUAUCUACAGAAAACAGAUUGAAAUUGAAUUAAAUACCCAAUCCUGAAAAUAACGAUCUCCUUAUAAUAGGGUUGUAUAAAGAUGAGGACAUGCUUACUCUAUUAAACUAUAAGAAGACUGCAUAUAAAAAAAUAGAUUAGAACUUUGAGAGAUUUUGUUGUAAUCUAUACACAACUAUUUUGGCAUGA